CAGUCCCGUCGUAUGAUGAUGUCUCGGCCGUCACCGCUGCACUCAAGUCCCACAACGUCGACGUGAUUGUGUCUACACUGUCCAUCGAGGCCAUUUCUGUGCAGGUGCCCCUCAUUGACGCGGCGAAGCAAGCUGGUAUUAAGUUGUUCGUGCCCUCCGAGUUCGCCGCACCCUCAGAUGGACACACGGGGCCUGAAUUCGGCGAGAAAAACAAGAUCAUCGCAAAACUUCAGAGCGUCGGCCUGCCAUUUCUCCGGAUCUAUAACGGGGUGUUCACCGAGUUCUUAACUUGGGUUGUGAAUUUCGACCCUGCGGCGAAGAAGCUGUAUGUGAUUGGUAAAUCGUCGGGCAUUGUCUCCACCACAUCCAUCAGAGAUGUUGCAGGCUAUGUUGCCCAUAUCCUCACCCACCAAACUACCUCUGCCCUCGAGAACCAGAUCCUGCGUAUUGAAGGCGACCGCAUCUCGGGCUUUCGAUCCCUCGGCCCCCUUCUCAAUGCAGAAGUUGAGACAGUUGAGACGAUGGGAGGGGAGAUGCCCAGCUUCAAAGCGUUCUUGAUGGGCAUCGCCGACAACGGUCUGGCUACCACUGGCCACGGAGUCCAAGGUUUGUCCGAUGAGGAGGCCUCCAAGAGCGGGAACGCGUUGUGGGCAGGACACCA